GGUAGGCAAUGACCCUGCCGAUGCCGAGGAAGUGACCUACGCUGACCUGCUGAAGGAAGUAUGUCGCCUGGCCAACUACCUGAAGUCCAAGGGUGUGGCCAAGGGCGACAAGGUGGCCAUCUACAUGCCCAUGAUCAAGGAACUGGUGGUGGCCAUGCUUGCUGUGGCCCGCAUAGGCGCGGUCCAUUCCAUUGUGUUCGGCGGCUACUCGGCGGAGAGUCUGUCGGACCGCAUGCUGGACGCCGAGGCCCGCGUGCUCAUCACGGCGGACGCUGUGUGGCGCGGCGCGAAGCUCAUCCACCUCAAGGAGAUCGCCGAUGACGCUAUAAAGAUCUGCAAGGAAAAGGAACAGAAUGUCAGGCUUAACUUGGUUGUGCAGCACAUGAAGAAUGUCACUGCACCCCAGUCAGUCACCAACGGUGCGGCCAACGGGAACCCAGCGAAAAAAACACACUUUGAUGACAAGGGCAACUAUAAGGUGACGUGGAAUCCAGAGGUGGAUGUGUGGUGGCAUGAUGCCCUGGCCUACAUGAGUACAGAAUGCCCUCCUCUGUGGAUGGAUACUGAAGACCCCCUCUUCAUGCUGUACACCAGUGGCAGUACAGGAAAGCCAAAGGGUGUCUUACAUACUAUUGGAGGCUAUAUGCUGUACAGUGCAACCACCUUCAAAUACAGUUUUGACUAUCAACCAAACGACGUUUACUUCUGUACUGCUGACAUUGGCUGGAUUACAGGGCACUCAUAUGUAACAUAUGGUCCCCUGCUGAACAAUGCAACUUCAGUAUUGUUUGAAGGAGUACCAACUUACCCACACACAGGGCGAUUUUGGGAGAUAAUUGAGAAGUACAAAGUUAGCAAAUUUUAUACAGCUCCAACAGCUAUCAGAACGCUUAUGAAAUUUGGAGAUGAUCCUGUUAAGAAGUAUGACUUGUCAAGCCUUUCUGUCUUGGGGAGUGUCGGAGAACCCAUCAACCCAGAAGCCUGGCUGUGGUACUAUAAGGUAGUAGGAGACAGUAAUGUGUCAAUUGUGGACACCUUCUGGCAGACUGAGACAGGUGGUCAUGUCAUUACACCUCUCCCUGGAGCUACACCCUGUAAGCCUGGUUCUGCGUGUUUCCCAUUCUUUGGUGUUGAUGUUGCGCUCUUGGAUGAAGAAGGUGCUGAAAUCAAGGGUGAGGGAGAAGGCUACCUUGUGUUCCGAAGACCCUGGCCAGGCAUCAUGCGCACAGUCUAUGGAAAUCACGAGCGUUUUGAAACUACCUACUUCAAAAAGUUCCCUGGCUUCUAUUGUACUGGAGAUGGUGCCAGACGAGACAAGGAUGGCUAUAUCUGGGUCACUGGCCGUAUUGAUGAUAUGUUGAAUGUAUCUGGUCAUCUUCUGUCUACUGCACAGGUUGAAAGUGCCAUGGUAGAACACUCAAGUGUGGCUGAAUCAGCUGUGGUGGCAAGACCACAUACUGUAAAAGGAGAGUGUCUUUACUGCUUUGUAACUCUGGCUGAGGGUUGCGAAUUCUCUGAUAAGCUUACAGCAGAACUCAAAAACAAAGUCCGUGGCCGAAUUGGUCCUUUUGCCACACCAGAUUUCAUCCAGCUAGCCCCUGGACUGCCCAAAACGCGAUCAGGGAAGAUCAUGCGUCGUGUUCUUAGGAAAAUUGCCGUGGGAGACCGAGACUUUGGAGACAUCUCUACUUUAGCUGAUCCUAGCAUUGUGGAGGUCUUGUUUCAGCAUAGACCAAAAGAGGGAAAGGUGUAGGACGUGACAGGAUGGGAUUACACUCUGUAUAUUCUUGUUCAUCUGGAUUUCUUGGAUAUGUUUAUAAGUUUGAAGUAACAUUAUUUUUUUUUGAACUACUCGGUAAAUGACGACACUUUUAUCUCUGUUUUUGAUGAUUUGAUCAAUGCAACAUUGAUAGUAGGAUUAUGUCAUAUUACCAAGUGAAGGUGUCAAAUAUUUCUGUUUGUACAGGGAUUCAUACCUAAACAACAUUGGAUUUCAUGAUUUAAUGUAGCAGUUCAAGCUUUACUGGCAUUUGAGGAGUAAAGCAUCGGAUGCUACCAUUACUCUGUGUUAAUCUCUUUGUGAAUAAAUUAUUUCAAAAUCUGUCCAGGAAAAAAUAACAAAAACAAUGCAACAGUCUUUGAAUGUUGAUACCUCACUGCUAUAGGUUGUGGGAUGUGAUAAAUGUAUGUGAAGAAAAUGGGAAUUUUUGCAAUCUUUAUUUAGCUAAUUUGUGACAAUUAGCUACAAAAUGUGGUGGAUGAAAUUUUGCAGUUUCUUCUUAAUGACCAAUGCUGCUUAUCAUUCCAUUCUUUUAACUGAAUACCAGUGAGUGGUCUUAUACUAAUGUUUAUAUAUGUUCUAUGUUAAUUCAAGAUAAUUCAAGAUUUUAUCAGAUAUUAACAUCAGUUUACAGAGUGAUGGGAAGCUGGUUGGUUGAAGUCAAUAAACAAUGCAUAUCACUAGUGGGCCUCCUUUUUUACUGAAUAGUAACAGAUCCUCACUGCCGACCUUGGUAAGGUUGUAAAUUAUAUUGUGGUAGAAUUUAUUAAAUGAACGUAUCCCUGUGCCAUGUCCUGUGAGAAUGAUAUUCACCCAGAGAUUUUGCUUAUUUUUGCUUAUUUUUUUAGUAAUAAUAUAAAAUAAACAAUAAUCACAAUUAAAUAAUUCACAAUAAUGAUAAAACAAAACAUUCGUUAACACAGAACUUGAUAAUAUGGUGGCCCUCAGAUACUGUGUCCCGUCCACAUGUACACAUGUAUGUAUCAGCUGUUGAAAGGGGGAAGGAUAACGUGAUCUCAGAAAUAUCCUGCUUCACUGGUAUUGUGAAUAUUUGGUACUUAAUACUUUCCUGCAAUAUGUUACCUUAAAAGAUGUUAUUUUUUUGGUUUAUUUUAUUUUUAUUAGAAUUAGUGAGAUUUGGUACAAGUGUUCUAUUUUAUAAGAAUAAAACUGAGUGAAUAUAAA